CUGAUUUUGAAAGGCUUGGAAGUGUUUGCACAAAUUUUAUCUACUCGUAACUGAAAUAGCACUGGCACUGAACUAGUAGCAUCUUACGAAAUCUCAUGUAGUAAAAGGAAUCAGAAGUAGAAGAAGAAGACCAACAAUGGAGGCAGGUCGAAAUUUACUUUCUUCUCCUCCAUUCAUACCUUCAAAACAUCAGCUGAGAAAUGCUCAUCCUCUCUCUGUUGCGGUCCUUCAUGAGCAAGCAGCUCUUGCAGUUACCGCUGUACAAACAACAUCGACAACUAGACACUUUCCUGCCUCCGUCCUGCAAGAGCAGCGUGAUCAGUUUAGGUCCUUAUUGCACUUACGUGAGGAAAAACCAUACCAGGCAGCAUUGGAUAGGACACAGAUAGAUAAUGACACAUCACUCAAUCAAGAAAAGAAAGAGCACGGAUCUGACAAAUAUCUCAAAGACUUUGAACGCCAGUUGCUUUACUCUCCUGGUUUAUGGUAUUUAUCACCGCCCUCGCAAAGGGAAAAUAGAGUUUCGUCCUUGGACAUGCAAUCUAUGCCAUCCGACACGGAUGAGGAGCUGCAUGUUAAAGCAUAUGAUUUACUUGCGCUUGCUAAGCAAGCUGUACUGGUCUCUAAACAAGCUGCCUCUUUAAUUGUGGAUUCUAAUUCAAAUUUACACAAUGCUAAUGAAUUGAUUCCAAGUUUUGGAAUGAAUGAUAUAUCUCCUCCAGAGAAAGAAAACAUAGUGAGAUCCACACGGCUUCUUGAGAGGCAAUCUAAGAAACGCAGAGCUCCUAAGUCGGCUCCCUUGGGAGAUGAGAUUUCUAGUUUAAGGACAACAGACAGGCAUCACAAAACGUCACUCAUUGAUCUGAGUGAUCCACUCCGGCUUUUCCUGUCGGGUGCUGAGGCCAGACAACUUUUGACUGCAAAGGAAGAAAAAGAAUUGUUCAUUCAAGUUCAGGAGUUGACAAGAUUAGAGGAAGUGAAGCAGAGGCUUCAGUCUCAAUUUGAUCGUGAACCAACAGUAGUUGAAUGGGCUGAAGCUGUUGGGAUGUCUUGUGCGACUCUGCAGUUGCAUCUGCAUUCAGGUCAUAGAAGUCGAGAAAAAAUGAUCUAUUCCAACUUUCGUAUGGUGGUGCAUGUGGCUAAGAAUUAUCAGGGGAAGGGUAUGAACCUUCAGGAUUUAUUGCAGGAAGGAAGUAAAGGCCUUAUAAAGAGCCUAGAGAAAUUCAAGCCUCAUGCAGGUUGCAGAUUUUCUACAUAUGCAUACUGGUGGAUAAGACAAUCAGUUAGGAAGGCUAUAUUUCACCAUUCUAAGUCGAUUCGUUUACCGGAGAAUGUGUAUAAUGCCCUACGACAAGUGAAAAAUGCUAAGGAGGUUCUCAUUAAAGAGGGACAUCAACCAACAAAUGAGGAGAUAGCAAAACAGGUCGGCUUUACUGUUGAGAAGUUGGAAAGACUGCUAGUUACCACAAAAACUCCCCUCUCUAUGCAAAGGCCAAUAUGGUCAGAUCAAGCUACCACCUUCCAGGCGGUCACCGCAGACCCUAAGGUUGAAACCCCUGAACAGGGUGUUUCGAAAGAUCUCAUGAGGCAGCAUGUGCGUAAUCUUCUAAGUGUUCUUCCCCCUAAGGAGAAGCGAAUUAUUCGAUUGCGUUAUGGAAUUGAAGACGGAGAACAGAAGUCCUUGGCACAAAUUGGUGACGUAUUUGGAUUGUCAAAAGAGAGGGUCCGACAGCUAGAGAAUCGAGCGUUAGACAAACUCAGGAACUGCUUAUCUAGCCAAGGUCUAGAGGCUUACACAAAUUUACUAACGUAAAGAGGUAUAGCUACUUACGAGCACACUAUUUAUCUAUCAGAUGAGCUUUCGGUAAUGCUAUUGUUUUGAUCACCUCCCCGUCUGCAUUUAUAUUUUUCUUGGAUUUAUAUCCUGUAAUUGAUUGUACAUAUGAAUGUCUUUUGUGUAACUUUUUUGAUUUUCUUGUUGUACUUUCAUCAAGAACAUAUAAAGGCCAAAGAUUUUCGACACUAAAUCUCUUGUUAGGUCUGGUUGUCGGUGUUUAGCUU